AUGCAAAUCGUUGCAAGUCUCCUCUUCGUUGCUGCUAUAGUAUCCGGCGCGGUAGACUGGAGUAAGGUCACUAUCGAGCCGCCGAUGGUUCCGACGCCGACUGCAGCUGGUCUGAACUUAUCGAGCAUCGUGCUUGACGGUCCAGGCCCCCUGGCGGUUGGGCUCGACUGGUCAAACGUUACCCUCGAGCCACCAGGAAGCUACACUCCUGCGGCCGGACAGCUGGACUGGUCAACCGUCCCUCUCGAGGGAACGGCAACUCCAGUAACUGCUGGUCCUAGGCAAGAUGUUCCAGAGGCUGCCAAAGAUUCGGCAACUGCCAACGUCUGUGCGGUUAGUGCAGGGUGGCCAGCAGAACUGAUUGGAAUCCUCCUGGUGAUCAGUCUAAUCGGAUUGAUCACCAGCAGUGUGCAGAUCUACCUGCUCAAGAGGCUCAUGGUCAAGACGAUGGCGCGGGAUGAGGUCGACGUUGAGCUAGGGAGAUACAGGGUUCAAGAAGGAGCAGAAGCAUCAGUCAAGGAGGCUGUGAUGGGCCUAGCGUUUGAAAAUUGGCGAAUGGCUGACGAAUCUAAGGCUGUUCAACCGCUCGGCAGCCUUCCUAAACUAGGCUUGCAUGCUCAAGUCUCUCGACUAGAGGCGUUGAUAACAGAGACUUUGGAAACAUCACGUAAGGAGGCAGAAACGCUGAGAACUGCCAGGUCGCAGGGCCAGUCGAUUGCAGUGAGACCGGCCAGGAUAGAGAAAGCGUUGAAGGGAAUGAGAGAUAACAUCAGCGAACACGUUAAAAAGAGGCAGAGUGUAGCCCUCGCAUUCUUCGACCAACAACGGGUCGCUAACGAGAAACUGAGGAAUGAGAUUGACCUAUUACAAAACGACAAUUUGUCAUUGCAACAAGCCGUGGUGAAGCUACAACGUCGACUCAGGGGAGUCGAGCUAGCUCUUGAUUUUUUGACUUAUUCAAUGCAUCGUCCCGACAGCGUCCUUUCUAGGGCCGCACUGGCUCUUGCUGUCAUCUUCGGGUCGUUAUUCAGAGGAAUUUCCGCGGAUGGGAGGGCGGUCGAGCUUCACUCUUUUACGCAGGAAAUGGAUUUUCAUAAGUUCACAUCAAGAUGGGAUGCAAGCGGGACGUGCAUACCGCUCCACAACCACAUCUCUCUCUCGCCAAGGGCAUCGGACCGAUAUGGCGCGCUUUGGCAUAAAUAUCCUCUUCGAACUAAUGAUUUCGAGAUUGAGUUUACCAUAGCGCUCAAGUCACCGACUGUGGGAGGCGACCCGGCCCAUGAGCAGGGAUUUGCAUUGUGGUAUGUUUACGAGAACGCAUCAUCAAAGUACAGUGAAUUGGCUCAUAUUACUGACGGAACGACAGACAAGUUGCAGGAGAUGGGUAUGGGAAUGAUGGGCUAUAAGAGUAACUUUGAUGGAGUUGGUAUAUUCUUCUAUAACAACAAGUUCUCCUCCUCUGGCCAGAUGGAGCUGAGGCCGAGUGCCUCUAUCCUGAUCAAUGACGGCUCCCAGACAUUCGACAGGAAAAAGGAUCUUCCAUCAGGUCAUGGUUCGUAUUGGAAUUAUCGUAAUACUAGGCUCACUGUGAAGAUUCGAUUUAAGCCUACUGAUGUGCUGGUGGAAGCGAGGGUUGAGAACCAGGCGUGGGUCAAACUUAUCGAAUACCCUAUAAGUGAUGAAAAAUAUCGUCUUAAGCCGGGCGGAUACAUUGGGUUGACCUCCUUUGUUGGGACUACACCCAAUCAGCCAUCGGAGCGCAGUGAUAUGGUCAACAUCUACGAUCUCCAUGUUAGUAACUAUGACAGUCGAAUGAUAGAUGGUGAGACGAGAAUUGCAUACAACCCGUACAGGGCAGUACCUCAGCACGAUUUUCUAGAAGAGCAAAUCGACAGUGGAAAUGUGGGACACGCAGAGGCUAUCAAGAAUCUAGUUCGAGCGACUUAUCGCGUUAUCAUGGAGCUGGAGCCGUUGAGGGGAACGGCAGAGAGGACGGUUGGCGGUUUAUCGACCCGAGUCGAGGAGCUGCUGAAGGAGAUGGAUGAACUGAAAACGGCUGUUGAGUCGAUCGACGGAGGGACCAUGGCUGAGCAUUACCAGUCUUUGCGGAAUGAACUCAUUCAAGUUUCGAGGGAGACGAUGAGGUCUAGUUUAGAGAAGAGGAGGAGUUUGGACGAACUCAGUGCGCAUGCGCAGAAACUGGGAUCGUUGGGAGACAUGUCGGGUAAAAUCAAGAGUCGGUUAGAGAGUCAAGGCAAUACUCUGUUUUACCUGGCAGUUGUGUGUCUGUUUGCGGUUGUGGUCGUGGGCAGUGGGGUGUACGCGAAAUUCCGAAGGCUGGAGAAGAAGCAUAUAUUGUAGCUCUAUGAUCUCCUUUGAGGAGAUCAUUAUCAUCGUCAUUCACAUAAUUGUAUUUUUCUCAUCGCAUAGU